CUACCUUGACCUCCUGCACUACAACGAUGAAGGCUCUUUGGCUGCUACCCUUCCUUGCUGGUCUCCUCACCACAGGAGAAGGCAUGAUCUAUGGCCGCUGUGAGCUGGCUCAGAGGCUCCAGCAGUUGGGCUUAGAUGGUUAUGCUGGCUAUAGCCUGGCCAACUGUAAGUCCAUUGGGCGACAUCUGGGUAUUGGCUAGGCAAGCAUUAUGAAAAGACAGAAUUUAUCUGAGUGGGGGGCAGCAGGGGGCAGCGGCGGCAGGUGGCUGUGCACUACAUCUGGGGAGAGUGCUUAAUCUUCUGGGUCUGACUGACUAGGUGUGUAGCUGUAAUUAUGAGAGGAAGGUGGCCUCCCUCCGCAUUUCUAUAGCUAAUUUGGAACAUGCCAUGCUGCAUCCUGCUAUAGGGCUGCUAUAGGACUUAGGUGGCUCUGUGGUCUAAACCACAGAGCCCUUUGGGCUUGCCAAUCAGAAGGUUGGGGGUUCAAAUCGCCACGAUUGGGUGAGCUCCCGUUGCUCUGUCCCAGCUUCUGCCAAUCUAGCAGUUCAAAAGCACACCAGUGCAAGUAGAUAAAUAGGUACUGCUCCAGCGGGAAGGUAAAUGUUGUUUCCGUGCGCUCUGGUUUCUGUCAUGGUGUCCCAUUGGGCAGAAGCGGUUUAGUCGUCCUGGCCACAUGACCCAGGAAGCUGUCUACAGACAAACGCCGGCUCCCUCAGCCUGAAAGCAAGAUGAGCGCCACACCCUAUAGUCACCUUUGACUGGGGUCCUUUACCUUUUUACCUUAUAGGGCUGCAGGAAUAGGGUGUACAUGAUGUGUGUGAAUGAAUGAAUCAGGGUGAAGAAUGUGGUUUGUGCAUCCACAUACAGAGAAGUGGAAGGGUGCAGCGUAGAGGUGGAUGUGAUGAAGCCAGGAACUCACUGGACAGCUGGAUUUUUUAUUUUUAUUUUUGAAUUUGCAUUUUAUUUAUUUGUUAACAUUCUUAUAUUACAUCGGUAAAUGUUGUCAUAUUACAUUACAGGACAUACUAUAAUAUAAUUUCCAACAUGUAUACAAAAAUUAUAUAAAAAUUUUAUAUACCUAGAAAGAAAAUGAAACAAAAAAAGAAAGAAAGAACAAAGAGGGAGGGGGGAAACAUUUCCCCCCCAAAAUCAUAUACAUACCAACACACUAGACUUCCUGUCUUUCCUGUUGUAUAUUCCUUUUUUACAAAUGAAUGUACUCUUAUUAUUGUAUGUUUCUUUACAUAUUAUCUAAUACAUUCCUAUAUCAAUAUGUGCUCUCAAUGUAUUUCUCAACUCAAUCUCACUCCAAUGUCAAUCAAAUGCUAGCAUAGAUAGCGAACCUUUACUGUAUUUUUGAACAUGUUUUAUAUCUAUCCCACUUUUCCGUAAAUUUUUGUUUUGAAUUGCCUCUCAGGGUAUUUGUUAACUGCGCCAUUUCAGCAAAUUCUUGUAGCUUAUAAUGCCAGUCUGUUAUUGUCAGAGGUUCUUGUUCCUUCCACCCCUUUGCCACCAAAGUCCGCAGCUCGGACUCGCUGGACAGUUGGAUAAGGCAGGAUUUCAAAACACGUGUGGGUGUGAAGAAUGGGGCAUCCUCCUCAGAAUCUGCGCACUUAGUUCUGACCGUAUCAUGCCUUCUGUCUCAGGGGUCUGCACAGCAUGUCAUGAGAGCAGCUACAAUACCCAGGCCAUACACUACGACUCUGACGGCAGUGCUGACUAUGGCAUCUUCCAGAUCAACAGCCGUUACUGGUGCCAGAGUUCCAGCGAGCCAAGUUCCAACAUAUGCGGAAUUCAAUGCUCUGGUGAGAAUCGGCUUCUCCUGGAGGGAGAUUUGCCUCUUUCAGAGAUGGAGAACCUUUGGCCCACCAGAUGUUGAUAGUCUACAAUUUCCACCAUCCCAGACCAUUGGUCUUGCUGGCCGGGGCUGAUGGAAGUUAGAUCCAAAUGACAUCUGGAGGGCCACAGGUUCCCCACCCCAAUCUAAAUUGUGAUGCACAGCACAUCAAUUGCUUCUGGGAGACAGAAAGGAUCAGUUGUCCUUCCUCACCCUGGAGCAUUCUGCUUCAGCUCUUUGCAGGUGUGGCAUUUGCACUCCCAAAGAGAAAAAGUCAGAUAGCUGUGGUUCAGCGGUCUAGGUUGAGCAGCUUAUUCAUAUGUUGAUGUAUCUGCUGGCUGGGAAAGCCCUAGCUUCCUACCUGAAAUGCAGCCCUCCUAGCCAGGAGAUUUCAAGUUCCACAUGUAGUCUGUUUGGACAUUAAAUUGUGUAGUCAGAUCAUAGAAGGUACAUUUAUUUGACUUGGAAUUAGUAAGUGUAUAGGGACUGUUCCCCAUUUUUUACCCUCUGGAUACAAAAGGCUAUUUCAAGCUGCAUGCUUGUGAUGGCCUGGGAAUCCGAUUCAGAGGCUAAACCGGAGGAAUCCCAGCCUGCACAGGAGUCCCCGCCUCCAGGGCCGGCUGAACUGGGGCAGGGCCUUGAUUCUGAAGUGCCUGCACCUGUGCCGGAUCCUCAGGAGCAGGCACCAGGUGAAUCCACUCUGGCUCUGGAGGUGGUUGAGGACUCAGUGCCUACAGGUGAGUCUCCCCCUGGGUCCAGUAACCCUUCAGCCUCUCCUGAACUGCAGAGGCUCAGGGCAGAGAGGCGAAGGGAACUGGUUUCUCCCAGGAGGAGUGCUCGCCUUAAGGCCAGGAGAGGCGGGUCUCCUGGGGGCCGGGACCGCCCCUGGCCUCAGAGAAGAUAAAGGCCAGUCAGCCCGGUCCCAGGUUGCGGGAGCAACGUCGUUGAUGAGCUGUUUUGGCCAGCAUCCAGUCCUGUUCCCCCAGAGUUCCUGUCCUUGCCCAGCUUCUCGCUGUGGACCCUGCUUUGCCCGAGGAGGACUGUCUGGCGACCCUCAACUCAGGUCCUGGACCUCGCCCCACGGUAACCUCCCCCCUGGACCAGCACAAUGCUAAUGGACAGAGGGUCAGUCUAGGACAACUAGUUGUUGUUUUUUUGCAAAAUAGACAGAAAUUCCACAUAGAGCAGCCAUGGCCAAACUUGGCCCUCCAGAUGUUUUGGGACUACAACUUCCAUCAUCCCUAGCUAAUAGGACCAGUGGUCAGGGAUGGUGGGAACUGUAGUCCCAAAACAUCUGGAGGGCCAAGUUUGGCCAUGCCUGACGUAGAGCUUCAUCCCACCAUCACAGCUUUCCCAUCCUGGAGGAAGCUACACCUGUUGUAUUUCUGACCGCCUCAUAAGAGCCAUGCCAGGUGGGAGGGGAGAAAAGGUUGCAACUAUGGGAGAGUCAGGUGAUAUUGUCCGGCCCUUUUUACAUCUCUUUUGUCCCUUCAAAACUGCACCAGGCCUAUAACAUCCCAACAGGGCCCCUUCAUGCCAGCGGUGGAGCUGGCCGCUCGGGCGCCUGGAAUGGUGCACAUGUCGUGCACCCGGGGGCAGAGCGAUCCGCCAAGGGGGUGGGGCAAUCCACCUGGGGGCAAUCGCGCAGUCCGCCCAGGGGGGAUUUUGUCACCCCCACUCUGGGAUGACAUCUGGGGUAGGCUGCCCCCCUACACCCCUGCUUCAUGCUCCUAUUGCAUCUGCUUUCCUUCCAGAACUGCUGACGGACAACAUCGCCGUAGACGUGGCUUGUGCUAAGGUUGUCGUUGACAAUUCACCCAAUGGACUGGGUGCCUGGUAAGAAGCCCGUGAACUGUUGGGAGAAGGGUCUUCCCUUGUGAGAGGUGGAGGGACACCCUAAACACCACAAUCACUGCAGAAGCACCAGUUCCCUCUGAGCUGGGGAAUAUGAGGGUGCCACAAUUAUGUUAGAAAUGCUCCUGUUUGAUUUGAAAAUGGAAGCGACGGUUGAGUUGAGGUGUGUCCACUUGAGACAGUCAUUGCAAAUGUGCAGAUGAACAGAAUAGAAGUUGAACAGAAGUCUUGGGUGGGGGGGUUGAAUGUACAGGGAAACAAAUCAGGUAACAAGCCUUGGAUGAAGACAUCCCCAACCUGCCCCACCCCCACCCCCAGGUCUGUACAGCAGUGUAAAAAUGUGAGUUGGGAGACAGCAGGGGAACGACAUCACUCUGUUUCAAGCCACUAAUGUGCACACAGUCUAAGUUGCCAUGCCUAUGAAAUGUGCUGCAUUUCAGUUUUUCAAGGGGGGCCCAUGGCAAUCUGUUAGAUCAGGGGUAGUCAACCUUUUUAUACCUACUGCCCGCUAAUGCAUCUUUCUUGAUGGUAAAAUUUCCUUACCACCCACCAGUGCUCGAUGGAAGGAGGAUUCAGCUUGUGCCGUAGAACCCCCUACCGCCCACCUAGAAUCCUGAAAAGCCCACUAGUGGGCAGUAGGGACCAGGUUGACAACCCCUGUGUUAGAUGAUAUCAAUUAAUAUAUGUUCUUUAACACAUCUAUUUUAGUUAAGAAAGUUUUGCAUAGGGAAACAAGUCAAGUGAUAAAACAAAAGCAUUGUGCACACUCAUGUUUUCUCUGUAUCCAGAGUAUUCCCACCACUGGUUUGUGAAACAGUGUGCACACAACUGUAGCCACAAACUAUGUCGAUCCAGUUGUGAUAUAACUGUGUUUUGAUGCAUUUUCCCCUCACCCCCAGCCAGCUUCAAUCCAAAUGGAGAAAACGGACAACCUAGCUGUGUUUGAAGCUGAUAAAAUGCACGCACAGUUUAUUUUUCAUAUCUGUUCAUUUCCCCCUCCAGGGUGGCAUGGAGAUUACAUUGCCAAGGUCAGGACCUGUCUCAAUAUGUUGCAGGGUGCGACUUGUAGAAAAAACACAAUAUCCUGGGGUCAGCAGGGAUGCUAGAAAACUGACUCCAGCCUCAGUUAUGUCUCAGCCUGUCAAGAAAUUGUUCUAACUCAGUCGCAGAAAUAAAUGCAUUAAAAAACACUGGAGACC